CGGCUCGGUUCUUAAUAUUAGCAUCCGAAAUUGUGUUACUAUAUACUAUAUAUAUUCCUAUGAAAUGGUUAACUUUUGAUCUUUUAAUAUUAUAAUAUUAUAAUAGAUAAAUACCCUUAAAUAAUUACUUGUCAUUAAAUAGAUCCAUUUAGGAAAGUGGAAUCUCAAGUGUUUACUGAUAUUUUAGGAGUCAUACAAGUAGUUCUUUAGUCAAGGUAUAUUUGUUUUGUGGGGCACACGUGAAUCCAUCGAAAUCAAAACUUACUUGAAUGCAAUAGCUUAUUGCUUGGAUUUAUAGUAUAAAUAGUAAGAAGAAUAGUGUCUAAACAGCCUUGGAGACAAUGUCAAAUCAAAAUCAAAAUCAAAAUCAAAAUCAUAAUAACUCCCCACCAGCGAGUCAAUCUGCUCAUUUAUUUAUCCUAAUCCAUGGAUUAUGGGGUUCACCGGUUCAUAUGAUAACUAUUGAGAAAUUGAUAAAGGAUUUAUUGCCUACACGUUCUGCAGAGAAAAUUGUUACGUUAAGACCUCAAAGCUUUAGAUUCUGGAAGACAUAUGAUGGUAUGCAUUUAAAUUCUCGUAAGAUCAUUACAGAGAUUCUUUAUGAAAUAGAAACUUUGAAGGAAAGAGACAAUUUAAACGUGACAAAGGUAAGUUUUGUGGGAUAUUCUUUGGGUGGAUUACUUGCUCGAUAUGUAAUAGGAUUAUUAAAUGAAAUGCAAUUCUUUGAUACUAUCAAGCCAAUCUUUUUUUCUACUUUUGCAACUCCUCACGUUGGAAUUGAAUUCUUUGCUGAUAAUUUCUUUGAUAGCACAGCAAAUCAUGUUGGACCAUAUUUAUUUGGUUUGGCUGGUAAAGAAUUAUUUAUAGCUGAUUCGGAUAAAUUAUUACUUGAAAUGGCUGAUCCUAAAAAGGUAUAUUUCCAAGGUUUGCAAAAAUUUGAAAAACAUACAUUGUUUGCUAAUGUAAAAAAUGAUAGAACAGUAGCGUUCUUUACAUCAUAUAUUACUGAAUAUUCACCAUUUGAUGAAUGGAAGGGAAUUAAAAUAAAAUACAUUAAAGAUUUACCUCAAACAAGAGUUGGAAAUGUAUAUGUCAAACCUAAAUUUGUUGAUUUAACUAGACUGAGAUUAUUAGAUGCUGAUGAUUUGAAGCAAUUUAAAGGUAAUAUUCAAGAAGAAACUUCAAUGUUUAGAACCAAUAAAAUUUUAAAAGUAUUAAUUAUUAUAUUGAUUGCCAUAUUUUUGAUUCCAAUCUGGAUACCAUUGGUUUUAUGUACUAGUUUAUAUGUUUCAAUUUAUAGUGGAUUUAAAGUUAGGGUUGUUAAAUUUCCACAAGUUGAACAACAUUGGUUAAAAGUGAAGGAUUCAGUUUAUGGCAUAUUGCCUGUUGAUCCUCAAGAUGCUAAGAUUGGAGAAGAACAUAGAAAAUUAAGAAGAUCAUUAUCUAGACAUGAAUCAUUUAAAGGAGAUACAUCACAACUUACUAGAAAUGCUAUGGAAAAUAUUAUGUAUGCAGAAGAAAGAUUUACUGGUAAAACACCACCGGUUGGUGAUGAAGAAGAUGAUGAAAAAGAAGAACCAAUUCCUACUGAUUCAGUUGUUGAUGAUGCUAAUGAUCUUAAUCUUGAUGAUGAGAGUGAUAAUGAAAAGAAAGAAAUUCAUAAUCAAGCACAAAAUGAUGCAAAUGAAUUGGUUUCUAUUUUCAGUACUAAAAAUUCAAAUAAGAAAUUAAUUAGUGUGGAUGUUAAGACCAAUGAUCAAAUUACUAAAAGUAAUUUAUCAGCACUUAAGAUUAAGGACUAUUCGCAUUUCCCACUCUUUACAGAAAAGACUAAAUUAAAAUUAGAUUCGAAUAAGAGAUUUAUUAUAGAGCAAUUAAAUUCAUUAGAUUGGGUAAAGAUCCCCAUAUAUUUGGAUUGUUGGAAUGCUCAUGAUAACAUAGUUAGUCGUAAAGGUCCAAGAACCAGUUCAAAGGGUACAGCCACUAUAGCCUUAUGGUGUUCAAUCUUAAGAAAUCACCUAGAGGAAAAUGAAAAUUAAAUUUGGCUGCAACUGCCAAAAAAAAAUUGGGCUUGUCCACUAACUCACUCGCUGUUUGUUUAAUUGUUUUUUAGUUGACCGUUUUAGUUUUAGUUUUUUUUUCUUUGGUUGCUCGGCCGGUGCCUGCCUGCCUGCCUGCCUGCCUGCUAACAUCCGAGCAAUGGCAAUUA